CUAAACUAAAAUAAGUCGAAGUGGCUUGCUUGCGGCAAGUCGCGACUAUAAACUCGCCAGCCGUCUUGAUAGUGAGCAGUUCAGUCAGAAACAGCUGAUAUGAUAACAACAAUAACAAAAUUAAUUUAAACAGUUUUAUGUUUGUUGUGAAGUGAGUGGUUUUGUGAUUGAUUCAUAUACAUAAAUAUAUACUCGAACAUUGUUUGGAUUGUAAUUCUUUAAAGGUGUGACAAAUCCGCAUGGCCUGCCGUCGCAGCCAGCACCACAAGCAGCAGCAGCUCAGCAGCAAGCAGCAGCAGUGGCAGCCGAGGCCAAGUCAACAUGGUCAAGACGUUCCAGGCCUAUUUGCCGCAAUGCCAUCGCACGUAUUCGUGCAUCCAUUGUCGUGCCCAUUUAGCCAAUCACGACGAACUUAUCUCUAAGUCGUUCCAAGGUAGCCAAGGUCGGGCUUAUCUAUUUAAUUCUGUUGUCAAUGUUGGUUGCGGUCCUGCUGAAGAACGAGUCCUACUAACGGGUCUUCAUGCAGUCGCAGAUAUUUAUUGUGAAUGUUGUAAAACCACCCUAGGUUGGAAAUAUGAACAUGCUUUCGAAUCCAGCCAGAAAUAUAAAGAAGGCAAAUUCAUAAUCGAGCUAGCCCAUAUGAUCAAAGAAAAUGGAUGGGACUGACAAUACUAAAAAACUUCAAAAGUGACCUAUAUCCGAUAUGCCUCCAAAGGCGUCGUUCUUGAAAAAAGACAAACAGACAAUGUCUUAUAGACUAACACUAACGUUGAACAAUAAUUUUUGUUUCUUGGACUGGACCUAAUCGGUCAUUGAUUGCGAUGAACUCGCUAUUUUUAACUGAAUCGAAAAAAAAAUGUGUUUUUCUCUCAUCAUUAGAUAACAGUGGUGCGAUAAGUACGUAUUGAAUGUUGUGAUUAAAAAAAAAUAUGACCGUUGUAACCGCUUUUGAUAGUAAGGCACUCUAUUUCUUCAGUCUCAACAGUCUUCACCUUCUCUCUCCACUUUAGGGAACAAUGUGCAAUGUGCAAUCGUUUAAACUUAAAAAUGAAACCUUGAAGCUCUUUACAAAGCAUUCUGUGUUAGAAAUGGAAACUGUAUCUGUGGUAAUGCAUCUGAGAUAAAAAUAAAAAAUGUAUAAAAAAAAAUUGUAUGCAUCUGUAAAAAGUAUUCCUAUCGCUCAUCAAAAGUCCUACAAUCAUUUGCUGUUUGUUUACAUCGAUUUGACUCGCUUGAACAGACAUUUGUACGAUAAUAAAUGAACUUAUAAAACGAGUCAAAUUAACAGAAUUUCAAUAAAUAUUAAUUCAAAUUUAAAUUUGAUAUAUUUUUUUUUCAGAAUUUUUUUUUUCAACUGUUAAUUAUUAACGUUUCAUAACUGGCACUAAAAAAUAUAAUUUGUGAAUAGGUACAUUGUGCAAUAUUUGACAUUUAUAGGGUUUAAAUUGCUCACAUGGAUGAUACCCUACACAACGGUCCUAUAAUGUAAAUAACUAUUAAUUUUUUUGUAUAAAAAUAAAUAGCCUUUCUUAAUAAAGUACCAAAACUUAAUAUGGCCUGGACCUUUCAGAAAAAAAGUGAUAUAAACGCAAAUAUUUUAAAAAUUUAGAAUACUUAUAUUUUCAUACAUACCCAAAUUAUUAUAAUCAAUAAAACUGAAAAAUAAAACAGACAAAAAUUGCUUAAAUUUGAAUCAAAAUUUAUACAAGGUGGGCCACCGGUAACGCCUCGGUCUGUAGGGUCAAAACUAUUUGAUUUUUUUAAAAUCUGUUUUUAUAGCGAGAUGUAUAUCAGAAAAGGCAACAAUUUAUAAAUAAUUUUAAUUAGGCAGGGUUCUCCAAGAAAGUGAUACAUAUCAGAGUUGGAUUUUUCUAAAUGGAACACCUUGUAUUUUAUUUUAUAUUUGAAUACGCCAUUUUAGUGAUGAUGUAAUUAUGCGUUUUGUUGGUCUUAUUUACUUAUCUAAAUUAUAUCGCUUUUUUAUGUUUAUAAAUAUAUUCAUAAAGUAAGUAGAUAACAUGCAUCAAAUAUACAAUCGUUUAGUUACCAAUUACAUACCUUUAAACUAUUUUUUAUUACCUGCAAAGAAUAUUUAAAAAAAAUCAACACAGUAAAAACUUAUAUAUUGUGGGCUUAGAGCGAAAACUCACUAAGUCAAAAAUUGUAGUUCUGAGGAAAUCAACAAAGAAAAUUUUAGCGUAGAAAUUUGAACGUAAUAUGUUUUUCUUUUAAGUUGUAAGUUUGACCAAGGUAAGAAUAAUGUGCAUAGGCAUUUGUUUAUCGGUUUUACAUUUAAUAAUUAAUUUGAUUUAAUUAUUUUCUAUAAAAAGUAACCAAUUUUAUUAAAAAAUUGACUUAAUGAGUUUGGCUUCAAUAGCUUUAGGGUAAGAAGAUGGACUUAAUGAAUAAAAUUAGCCAGUUAUUUUCAUAAAUUUUUAUUAAGUAAAGUAAAUUAUAGCUCAUCUUUUUCUUCAUCGCUGUCAUUGAAGUCUAGUUCGGGUGCUGGGUCAAUAUUAACAGAUCCACUGACUGGUAGAGACUGAUACCAACCAUGAUAAUCUUCUGGAAUAGUACCCUUCUGGCACAAAUUGAGUAAAUCUGAUUUCUUUUCUUUGUAUAUCGAUAGUAACCUUUUAUAGAGCUUUUCCAGAUUCAUAUCUUGAAAAUUAUUUUCUGGAAUCCUUCUUCUAUUUCCACGAACAUCCAAUCGACUGUAUUCCCCAAAGUAAUCAUACUUGUACUCGAUAAUGUAGAGAGAAUCUUUUUUAAAUCGCAAACAUUUAAUUUUUAGCCAUUGAACUUUCUGUUUGUUGGUAUCACACAAUCUAUUUUUUAUAAUUUUUUUUGCCAGAUGUUGAAAGUGAUAAAAGUCCUUAGUCCUUAAACAUUACCUGUUCAAUAAUAUAUGGGUCCCUUAAUUUAUUUCUAUUCCUUUUGGAUCUUGCCUCUAAAUAUAUUUAGCCAAUCAUGAACUACGUAUACAGCCGAAUUUUUGUUUUGUUUCUCAAUUGCGCUAUGCAUGCAGUCCACCUCCAUGUAAGAGUGUCCACUCUCGAGUCUCGAGAAAUGUAUGCUCAAUGACAUCGAUGUUUGUUGUCAAAUACAGCAUCAAGGCGCACACGUUUUGGUUGCGGUUUUGACCGCCGCAACUAUCAGAAAAAAGCAAUACAUGUUUGACUUCUUCUGAAAGAGUAUGGAACCACUUAAAUAAGCACGUAGCUAUUUCAGAACUGCCCCUUUUUCCAGAAGUAGCAGUAUGCUUUAUUUGGAAAACCUGCCUCGUAGAUAGUAAAGUUAUACAUGUUAAUUUUUCUAGUGUAAUACAUUAAUGAUACAUCAGAACAGGGUAUCUGCAGCACUGAUUGCAGAUCAAAAGUUACAGAUACAAAAUCACGUUCGUUAUUAGCUCUAAUUUUAUCUAGUUCUUUGGCCUUUGCAGCAUCAGUUUUUCUUUUUAUAUGGCUUACGUAGUCUUCAGUCAAAUUUUGAUCUUCUAGCUUCUUUCCAUGUUUGCAACAAAUUUGGCACUGGUCCUUUUUAGGAACAAAGAAGGACAAAUUAAAAUUUGUACAAAAGAUUUUUUUAUACAUAGAUUGAGAAACUGGUUGGCGAUUAUCUUCCAAGCAUUUUUCCUUAUACAAAUAAAACAUUUUGGAAAUAGAUAGUUUAGAGUCUAAGUACAUUUUCUAGUAUUUUUCCGUGUAUAAUGGCUUUCCAUUUUUGGAAAGCUAUUAAUGUGCCACUUUAUAAAUUCUAUAUGUGUUUUCCUCUAUUAUCUUGGCCAGUAAAUGUACGAGAAAUAAUGUUUCUUUGCUUAAAUACUGUUAAAAUGGGUCCGUUGUUAAUGCAAAGCGUUCUCAUAAAAAAAGACUGACAUACCCUAAUUCGGUCGUGAUUUUUUAAAAAAUAGUAAAACAGAUUUUAAUGAUCUGUUAACCACAAAAGAAAAUAUUAAAAAAUGUUUUGCUUUAAAAGGUUUUGGUUUAAAAGUUUAUGCCGAUGUACUACUUUUUCAAUUCAAAACAAAUCUGUACAGGGUGAGUCAAAACUCUCAAUUGACCGCCUAUAUUUUAUAUCGCCAUUUAAAAGUACCUUAAUUAAAGUUUCAUUUGAGUUAAGCGUUCCCUAUAUCUAAAGUUAAUAAUUUUGGGAGAUUUUUAAAUUUUAAUGAGAAAAAAUAAAAUUCACAAAUUAUUUUAAUUUUAACCGGUUACUAGUUAAUAGGAAAUAGACUGUUAGUUAAUUGGUAAUUGGAAUUUAACCAGCUAUAAUUUAUUAUCGACUGAACCAGAUUUUGACAAUACCUAAUGCGACUUUUAGAUUCAGUAGAAAAAUAAAUAAAAAUAGCAACCGAAAUCUCCACAUAAUACCUGCUUUAUUCUAAGUUUAUUAAGUAUUAUUUUGACAGAUUUUCUUAUUUACGACUGAAGGUCAUAUUAAAAAAAUGGCUAGACUUUUUAUAAACAAAUGACGUUAGUAUAAUGAACUGUAUUGGGGCGUCAAAAUCAAUUUUCUAUUAAUCAGUAAUCAGUUAAAAUUGAAAGUAUUUUUUAAAUUCUAUUUUUUCUCAUUAAAAUUUUAAAAUCUCCUAAAAUUAUUAGCUUUAGGUAUAGGGAAUGCUUUUAAUUGGCGAUAUAAAAUACAGGGCGUGACUUAAAAAAAAAUGAGAAAAUGAUAUAUUUGAGUUUUGACUCACCCUAUACAGAUUUGUUUUGAAUAAAAAAAGUAGUGCAUCAACAUAAAAUUCUGACUAAUAUCCAAAACCUUUUAAAGCAAAAAUAUUAGUUUCCAAUCGUUUCUUUUGCAGUUAAUAGGCCAUUGAAACCAAUACAAUUUUCAUAAAAAACUGUAUAAUUUCGUACUAUUUUACAGUGUUAUAAUGGAAAAAGCGAGGGCAACUAAAAUAUAAAAUAAAAUACAGGAUGUCCCAUUUAAAAAAACCUAAAAAUUAUUUUUAUAUUGUUGCCUUUCUGAUAUACAUCUCGCUGUAAAAACAGAUUUUAAAUAAUCAAAUAGUUUUGGUCCUACAUAUUGAGGCGUUACCAAUGGCCCACCCUGUAUAUUUUACGUAAUUUCGUUGAUGAAUUUAUGACGUUUAUCUAUGCGAAUUUAAAUAAAGUAUGCCUCAGUAGUGUCUGUAUUUGUGUGUUGAAAAAAUUACAAUCAAUUAUUAAUUUUGGCUACUGGUAUUUGCCUUUUCAAAUGAAAAAUUGUAAAAAUAUAUCCCCUUGCAUUAGUGUGACGUCAGUGAGCCAAACGAAAGCAUGACAUACAAGCUUUAAGCAUUUUGAUGGUCCAAUAUUUUAACAGGGUGUUCUAUCGAUCAUUUAAAUUUUGCAAUUUGGGUCCUGUUUGCCGAAAGUCUCAAAAUGGCGAAAAUGAAAUAGUUUUUAAUUUCUUGAAAACUUUUAGUCUUAGACAUUGUAAUGGUCUAUAACAAAGCAUCCAUUGAUAUUUUUAAUACUAUUUACAUCGAAACAAUCAAUAAAUGUUUCUACUAAGAAACCAUUCAUUCAUCCGUUUAAUUAGGCAUUCAGAAGAAAAUUGAUAUUACAAAAUUAUUAUUGAGUAUUAUUCUCGCUUAAUUAUUUUUCUAUUUCACUCUUCCUGCAAUACAAUAAGAAAAUGAAAGUAGGCAUUUGUAACAAAAUUUAAAUUCUUAGGAUUUAUAAUUAUUUCUUCGGCCUCCAGUGAUAUCUCGACUGCUAAUUUUGCUCAUUUUGGUACAUAUUUUGUGAUGGUGUCUGUUCUUUCAGUUGAAAGGUACAGAUUUUAUUUCUUUCAGAACUUUUUUCUUUAAAUGUCAGUUCCAACAAAAUUCCAAUACUUCUUUUCGUACAUGCAACAGUUUGCGUACCAAAAAAAUAAAAGUAAUUUAUCUUGAUGGUUUAAUAAAAUUUUCUUCAUCGGUUACUGCGAGACUUAUUAUCUUGACAGAGAGUUCCAAAAAUUGAAAAAUUUUACUGAUUACCCUAUAUAUGGUUUGUAGAUCGUAAAAAAUUGUUUAAAGGUAUCUAUGCAUGUAACUAAAUUUGUAUUGUAAAACUUACAAAGCUUUCAUUUGAAUACAAUAUUGAAAAUAAUAUAAAUUAAUGUAAGUAAACGAUUUUUUUUAAUCAGCCUACUUUACCAUUGUAAGACCUAAAAAUCACUUAAACGGAAAAGUUAAAAACUAUCUAGUGUAUAUGUUACGGUCAAAGAUGAUAUUUCGGUCUUUAACGAUAUUGGCCGGUCAUUUUCGUAAAUCUUUUAUUUUAUUUGGGAUUCUGCUGACGUUAGUGUCCGGUCAAUAUCGUCAAUACCCAAUUUACAACAGUGUCCGUAACAUAUACAAAUCGCACUGAAAACUCAAUUGGUCAACUUUGUUUGGCUCAUAUCUUAUAUCAUCACUAAUGCACAGUAUAAAAGGUACAAAGGAUCACUGGUGGUGCCGAAGACAUUUUUUUGGUACACCUUUCCACAAGGCAAAAUUUUUAGUUUAUUCUUGCCUUGUAGAAAAUUUAAAUACUCUGCUGCAGACGCAUCAGUGGUGAAGCGCUCGAUGAUGGUGUCUUAAAAAAGCCGUUGGAAAAUUAUUAUCAAAUAUUGGAUAGAUAAUUAACUUGAAAUAGGCCUUCAUUGCUCAGGUCGUUAAGCGCUCAACUUCGGAUUUUGCGACUCGGGUUCAAUUCCAAUAAGAGCAAUCUUUUUUAUUUCGGAAAAAAAUUUAAAAAAUACGACUUUUCCUGUUUCUUGAUUUUAAAUACAUUUUAUUUAUCAUAAGCGCUACAGUUAAGCAAUCCGUUAAUCUUCCCACUGUUUAUUUUGUACUUAUUUUGAUAUGGUUCAGAAAUAAAUUCUAAGUAGGUAUCAUUUUUAAUAAUAAAAAAGUUCUUGUUCACACUUGUUCAUUAAACGAGAAAUAUCACUUUUACAUAAUAUGUACAAUAUUUUUCCUACUUAUUAUUCCUAUUUCUUACUUAUUUCAUCAAAAAAAUGCAAAACUGGAAAAAUCUAGCUUUGGAGUUUCAAUGAAGAUGUUGCUGGUUCUAGGUUUGUUUUUUAUAUGCCUUAUUGAUUUUGAAUCAUUUCUGUUUUGCGAAUGGUGUUUUGUCUAAAUUAACAACAUUGUGAUUCCAUUUACAAACAUUUUCAUAGGAUACAGGUAAAAUAAUAUUAGAAUACAAUAAUGUUUUUCAUUAGUUUAUUUUUUUAAAUACAACAAAUAAGAUGGGCAACUGUGAUCAAGAACUUAUUAUUAUUAAAGAUGAUACCUACCUACAAUUUUUUUUGAACCCUUAUCAAAAUAAUACAAAAUAAAUAACGGAAAGAUUAACGGAUUGCCUAACUGUAGGGGUUAUAUAUUGUAAGUAAAAUGUAUUUAAAAUAAAUAAACAAGAAUAGUUAUUUUCCAAAAUAAAAUAAUAAAAAAAGAUUGCUUUUACAGAGAAUUUUAACUCGGGUCGCGAAAUUGAUCGCUUAACAACCAGAGCCAUGAAGACAUAUGUUAAGUUAAUUAUCUAAUCAAAUAUGUGAUAUCAUCAUUUUCCAUGUUCUGCAAGGUAAGAAUGAACGAAAUAUGUGUAAUUUUGUCUUACACAAAUAACACACCAAAAAGUGUCACUACCAUAAUGAUUAAUAAAAGCAACAUUCAUAACUGUUGACAAUUUUAAUGUCAAAUAGUAUAAACAAUAUAAAAACUUCAUAUUUGCCAAAAUUACUCAAAUUUAUUAUUUUUACAAAGUUUUUAAAAUACGACAAUACCAUAAUAAUUUGGUGGCUCUUGUGCAAGAAAUUUUAGGACAUUUAUUUAGCGAUGGGAUAUUCAGUGCUAUGGGCACUCGUCAAAUUAAAGAGACUUUCUGACCGCGGCAAAUCGUUCAUGCUGUGUGUACGUCAAAAAAGAAAAACAAAAAGAACUGACAUUGUAUUGUCACAUAAUUUAUUUUUACUGUUUGUAUCAUUGGUUUUCGAGUUAAAAGGGCUCAAUGAUGCAUGCUGACUCGAGUAAAAAAACGACUAUUCAAUAUUUUUUUUGUGGUUAUGAUCUCACCAAAAAUGUCUACUUGUUAUUUAUGUAUUAAGUCAUUUGUCAGAAAAAUGUAAUUAUUGGGCUUUCUCGACGAAUAUAAAAACUGCAUGGGAUUAACAUAAUACUUUACAUAAAUUUGCGUUGUUUCUAUUGUACCAGUUUAGGUUAUUCACUUAUAUGCUAAUCUGAGCGCAUAUCAAUUAAUUAUUUAGCUGUCUUUAGAAAAACGCAAGUUUUAGAAAUAUGUAAACAACCUUGUAUAUUUUUAUACUACGCUUGACAUCUUUAUCUCAUUGAAAUGGUUACAGAUUUAAAAUCUAUAAACCUCUUAACCUUAAAAAUUCCAACUGAUAAAAGGAUAAACAAUGCAAGUUACGAAUUUAAUAAUUACAUAAAUAAAAACGUUUCCAUCUGAUAUUGGCUUAAAAACUUAACAUCAAUACAAAGUUUUAAACACUGUUAUCACCCGUAAAGAAAGAAUACCAAAAACUUCAUAUUGAUGUGAGGCAUAAAUUUCAUUUUGACCUGUAUUUUUUUUAUUUAGUUUUAUUUCUCUUAUCAGUUUUAUGAUAAGAAUAUUUUCUUUUUAAGUUAAUGAACUUGAGAUAUUGUAUAUUUUUAUCAUAUUGAUGUUAACAAGUAUUGAUUCAAAUAGUAGAAAAGGAAAUACGAUGUAAUUUCACUCUCGAAAAAGGUUCCAGAGGAAUAAUUUGACGUUAGUUUUGACAUAUCUGUCAAAAUGUAUUAUGUAUUGUAACAUUUUGGAAGGAAUUAGUAUUUUUAAAAGAUAAAUGUUUGAGAGUGAAGUUAUACUUAUUUUUGUUGAUAAAUAUUAUUUUAGAAUGUAUUAGCAUGAUCUAUAAUCUCAUGUACAGCCAUUUUGACAUUCAACAAUAAAAGCAUCCAGCAAAUAAUACUAUUGUACAUUUUUUGCUGUAUGUUUUCAAUAAGUUUGUCAAUUUCUUGUAAUAACUGCCUGAUUUUUUAAAUACAUAUUUACAAAUACCCACAGUCAGAAUUGUUUUGCCUAAUAAGAGUUGCAUUAAGUAUAGUAAAAAAAAGUUGAAAAACCUCCAGUGGUGUUCUGGAUAAUAUGCAAAACGUUUUUGAGUGUGUGUAGUUUGUCUAUUUAUCAAUACUUUUAACCUAUAUCAAUAUUUAAUCUAUUGAACUAUUUAGUAAUACUUGGAUGUUCUCCAGAUAAUAAAAUGGUCAAUAAUAUCUGUAAUUAUUGGGAAUUAUAGGAUGAUAAUUUUAUUCCUACUAUUUAGUAUCGAUUAAAUCGGAUGUCCCAUAUUUAAUCACAAAAUUGAAAAACAACAAGUAGUUAUAAAGGAAUCCAACAUUUCCUUAUUGAACAUUGAAUAUGAUAAAUACUCAAUGGUUUUUUAACAGUUCUUAAGGAUAAUAGAACAAAAAAGUCUAAUUAUUAUAGUAAUUUGUUAUGAAGAAAUAACUCAUUUUAAAUUUUAUUAAAAAAACUUCCCAUUAUGUAUGAUGAAAUUUAACAAUUUUUACUUUGUUCUGUGUUUCUUUUCUCUUUUUUAUGAUUGACCUGUAAGUUUGUUAAACUUACUAAAUUUGCAAAAAGAAGCUAAAAACGGACAGAGUACACGUCAGACAAUAUUUUGGGAUACUCCAACUUCAUUAGCAAGUCUUCUAUAUCUUUAGGCUAAUUUCAACAGCUUCGAGUACUUGUUCUUCACCCUCCAAUGUAAGUUGGUUACCUUGUCAUAUCUUUAUCGACAAUACCUAAAAUUUAUAUCUCUUAAAUGAUGGAAACAGGAAGUAUACGAUUUGAACACGAUUAAAGAAUCUGUACUUGACGAGCAGUUUCUCUAGUAGCUUCGAACACUGAAACUAUAUCCGUCCAGCACUACUUUAAGAAUGAGAAUGAAAAGUAACUCUUACAACAUGCACGAACAUUGUGUAACAACGCUAACGGCGGUAUUUAUUGGUUGCCCCUAGAUAGCACAAAUUUGUCUUAAAGACGUCUUUGAGUUUUCUUUUUCUUCUAUUUCCUUUUGAUUUGGUAUUAGUAGCUCCUAAAAAUAAAUUUAGGUAAGACGAAUGAAUGAAUUUCUUAGAAUUUUAAAUUAAUGAAUUUUUAUGAAUAUGUACAGCUUUUAAAUUCAUUCUGUUAAGGGUUGAUUUUAUUAUUGCUAACAAUAACAAAAAUAAUUUAAGACGAGAUGAGCUAUAUUAUGUUUAAUCGCCCACUUUGAUCAGUUUACUUUAACAUCACUCAAAAUGGCUAUCUAAUAGUGAGCUUUUGAUAUUAAUAGUUCUCGAAGUAUCCCUAAAAGCAAAACAAAUCUGAUGACUAGCGAAUAUUUGAAUUAAAGAUAUUAAGAUGUUUACUUGUUAUAUUGCCACGGGCCUUUCGUCCGUGAUGGUGUCACUUUAAAUAGUGACUCUAUGUGCUAUCUGACUUGGAAAAAUAAAAGAGCAACAACAAUUAACAAUUUAUUAAAGAUAAAUAAUAUAUCCAAAAAGUCACAAUACAUAUAACAAAGGGUCUUACCAAGGGCUAAACAUCUAAAGGCGACCAGGGGACGUCACGUCACUUCUUCUAUUGGGAUACGAGACGAUGAUGAGACUCAAACUAAGAGUGCCAUUAUUAUUGACCCAAUCGAUUUUUAAAUUAAUCGAUUAAGGUCACUACUUGUCUAGUCUACUGUUAUAUUUACAUUUAUCGAGAAUGUAGCUAUAAAUUGACUCUAAUGUUUAUUAAAAUAUAUAAAGUAUUGUUAUUAUUUAAUUUAACGAAUGAAUAUUAAAAUAGAAAAUGUAAAUUUUAUAUAUAGGUUGUUAUUUGUUUAGCGCGACAAUAUGUAUAUGAGCAAGUAUUCAUUUAUUACCUGUAUAAAGUAUUCCAGCGCUACAUCGGUAACAGAAACCCCACUAUUCUUCUCUCUCUGGUUUUAGUCCCAUAUUUAAGUAAAAAGAAACUAAACACAAAGGCACAAAAUAGUCCAAUGACACUUUUAGUGGCUAUAAUAAUGAAAGUUUGAUCCGCUUAUACGAAAUAAUAAUAAUAAAAAUAUAAAUAAAAUAAUCAAUAAUCCACAAUAAGCUUGAAUGUAUUAUUAAGUCAAACGUCAAACUACACUUCGUUUGAUUAUACAUUUAUUCAGCUUUUUAAAUAUAUAAAUACAACAAAAAAAGUAAUAUACAAAGUUUAACGUAUAGCCCCAUUAGUUGCCCUCUGGAACCAUUGACCAGUAUCUUCGCCUAAAAUUUGCCUCAAUGUUCUAUUAUGAUUAUGCUAACUAUAGCAUCCCUCACUCCUUGUUUGAAUGGCAUAAUUAAGGGGUUCUGGUGGUAUUGAAUCGGCAAUUCUCAGUGUUAAAGAGAUUUGUCUUGUCUUAGUUUCGGUUAUUGUCCCCUGAAAAAGCUAGAAAAAACAGGAUUCUUCUUCUUUUCCAAUAAAAUGUAGAUUUUGUCCUGUAACAAAGCCUACACAGAACACGAGGCGAGAUAACCUUAGCAGUUAAAGCCGAUGACACACAAAAAAAAAACAAAGAAAUAAAGUCAUUUCAUUGCCUAGUUUGUCAUUAUUUGACGUUUUGAGUGCUAUGCUAGAGCUGCAAUUGAUUGUGUCAUUUAAAUAUUUUAUUUCGAAGAAAAUAUUGUUUAAAAAAAUACUUAUAUAUUUUUCAUAAAUUGGCAAGACUUGGCGACUACUAUUUCGAAUAAAAAUAGCGUCCAAGAUGGAAGGCUAUGUCACAACCCAGCUAUUGUUUGACAUAUCGUUGGAAUACCUAAUAAAUAAUCAAUGGUGUGUGACCUUUCAGAUGUUCUUAAAUAUCUGCAAAUACUUCACCAUGAUAACGCUUCAUCUCACACAACAAUAUUAAUGGUUGAUUUUUUGAAGGAUAGUUAUUAAAAGAGAACAUCCACCUCGCUGGAUUUGGCUAGGUGUGACGUUGUUUGAGAACUGAUCUUCAGAUGCCUGGUCAGAUACAUUUAAAAAGUGGAAAUAUCGGCUUUAUCCUUUAAUAAUCUAUUGAUCUUGUAAGGGAUUAUUUAUUGCAAUUUUCGUUAUGUUAAAACAAACUGUUGAUUUUAGGACACAACUAUAUCAGACUAUUCUGUUCUAUUUUGCCAGCAAAAUACUUGACUAAUCCGAAUAUUAUCUCUGCCACUGUAUAUCUAGUAUGUGUAAAUUGCUGAUGGAUAAACUUAAAUGAAUAUCUAAUAGAGUUAGGCGAUAUUAACAGACUAUUUAAUUGAACGAAUUCAAGAAUAAAUUACAGAAUCUUAGGAGUGAUAAGGAACGAAAGAAUUUUUUUUUUUAAAUCCGCUCAGAGCAAGGAUCGAACCUGCGCACUUUGAUGAGUUGUCGUUUUAUCGGCAUAACCAUUAGACCACCGGAGCAUUAUACAUCCAACGACGUAAUUGUUAAUAUGAUGCAGAUUUUUUCAAAACAAUUUUCCAUAUUUUCUUUAGUUUGUUAUCACUUCUCUAAUUCUGGAAUUUUUUCCUGAAUUGUUUCACUUGACUUUGUUUCGGCCAUUAAACCGAUAAAAUUUCUUGCGAUAAAUUUUUCAGUCUAUCUUCAUUUCGUGUUAUUUAAUUACUAAUAUACCGGUUUCAUAAACGUUUGGAAUAUGGAAUAUGAUUUGAGGAAACAUAACCUCAUUUAUUUAAGUUUUAUUAAUCACAGUGUGUUUGAAAAAUCACGAUAUCGCUCAACGCUACUUUUUCUCUGAAUUGACGUUUCCAUCUUUAAGGAUACACAUGUAGGUAAAUAUUUAAAGAUGACUUGUGAAUACUGAUGUUAAUGUUAAAUUUUUUAAUAAAAAACUUAUAUUUUUAAAUCAUUAAUGCAGACAAAAAUGACCAAAAAUGUUGACAGUUUAAAAAUGUACCAAAAAAUAUAUGCUGUCCGUUGCUCUAGCACAUCUUAUAAUAAAAAAUUACAAAAAUGUGUACAUAAAAUAAUAAUCUGCAAUAUUUGAAGGAUGUUUUGUGAUUUUGAAUGGGACAUGCGGUAUAUACUAUUUUAAUUUUGUGAUAGUUUAUUUGUGAUAUAUUCUUUUUAGUAAAAAAAAUUGCAUAUUAAUAAAUAGCUCAACUUGACAAGUCAUAUUUUGUUGUACAAAAAUGAUUUUGUGCAUAACAAAAGAAGAGAUGGACAAAAAUAUAUUUUGAAAUAGAUGAAAAAUAAGAGGCAAAAUUAUAUUUUUCUACUAAUGAACUGAGAAUGUUAAGUCAGGAAAGAGCUUUUGUUGGGUUUUAAGCUAGAACCAUUUAUUUUUAUUAUCAAAUAAAAAGUAUGCAGUUUUAUGUUUACUUUUUCUAUAUGCUACUAAUUUGAGGAUCUGGAAUCUUAUGCGUCAAAUUUCUGCAAUGAUAUUUAGUCUUUGACUAAACAUUCUUUCUUGUAUAAUUUUGAUUCAUAAUUUUCUAAGAUUCCACAUAACGAAACAUAAUAUGCAAUUUAUCAAAAUAUUAAGUUUUUAGUUUGGAUAUACCUAUUACUAUUGUAAGACAAGAUUUACUUUUAACUAUGAAAACCAACUUUAGUAAGUAAGAUCAUGCGGUCAAACACAUCGUUCUUCAUUCAUACUGCCAGUAGAUUUUAGACAUUUGUCGUAUCUGUCAUCUAUCAGUGUCAUUUGACUUGCCAUCCUGUAACGUAAAGCUUACUUUGUAGAUUUUUCAUCUAUGUGUAAUAUUAGAAUAUUGUUAUAAUUUUCAAGAAUAGCUAUAAUUUUUAGGUCUUUUUAAAAUAAAUUAGAGUUUAUAAAAUUUUGUUUUUUGUACUUUUAUAUUAACAUUCAUAUAAUGGAACUAAUUUUAAGAGUAUUCAGACAUCAUCGUCCAAAAAUUAACAAAUGUUUAUUCAUUAUGCCUACUUUAGGCUAAAUCAUUAAGGCAGAUAAACGUGACUCCUAAUUCUGAUCUUCUAGCCUAAUUAUGUAUUUGUUAAUUUAUUAAAUUUGGAUAUAUCUUCUUUCAAAAGAACUCAAAAUUAUAAAUUAAAGUCAAGAUCUUUUGAUAGUUAGAAUUUACUGCUAUUUUCAACGACAAGCAGCAAUUUUAUAAAGCUGGAAUAAAUAGUAUUUGAAAAUGCACAUAAAAGAUUUAAACCAUUGUAUGAAUACUCUUGAAGUUGUUUCUUGCAUCUCUCCUUAGAAUAUUUUAAUUUUGUUUUAAAAAGUGAAGUUAAAGUGACAGAAGUGGUGCAGGGUUAUUAAUGUCUGUAUCACUUUCACAGUGUAGACAUCGCUCAUGUACUCUGAUGACUCAAGGUUUAACGAAUUUGGCGCGUCAUUAAUAGCUCAACUCUACAUUUUUUAUGGAUGGCAGCUAGUCAACUGAUAAUCAUUGAAACAUAUUCAUGAUAAAAUAUUUUGUAUUGAUUUCAGUUUUUAGGUAAAUAAGUAGAUUUAUAGCUACCCCACGUUAAUGGAUUGUAUUUAUUAAUGA